CGUCCAGUGUCGUCGGUCUACGCCGGGCGGGGCGGGCGGGGGGGUCAGAGUCGAGGCGGGAGGGCGCUGCCGGAGACGUGGAGAGUGCGCGGCGCGAUCACUGCAGGAAUGCGAUGAAGUGCCCAAACUGUCAGACGAUCUGUCAAGAACGCCAAAAGUUUUGUGGUGAAUGUGGGAACCCGUUACAGCCUGAAUGCAGGCCAGCUGCUUUAGGGCAGCAUGGCUCAGCAGCAAGAGGGACUCUGCUGCAAACCAAGGGGCAGGGUGACGGAGCCCCAGCAGCUUCCCAGGCCUCCACUGGAGAAUCACAAACAUCUCCUGGACAGCAAGGGACACUGGGCAAUAAAAAAAAAAGAAAUAGAAAUAGAAAGAAAAAAGCUACCGGAAGCAAUGAAGAAAGUGUUGCUGCAGCAGCUGGCGCAACAAUAACUGUCAAGGAACACAGAAAUGAUGGUGUUGGUCGGGAAGAAGGCAGCAAAUCUACUGAUGGUGACGGUGAUGGCCAAAUAAAAGAGACAUUGACCAUCGUGGAAGGUGAACAACCAACUGUUGAGCACAUUGACCAAAGUGACGUUUGCACUGAUGUCACCCCGAUGCCUGGUGCAACAAGCACAACUAUUGCUGCUGCUUCCGAGCAGCAUGGCUCAGCAGAUGCUGGGACUCCACUGCAAACCAAGCAGCAGGGUGACAGUGCCCCAGCAGUCUCUCAGGCCUCAACUGGAGAAUCACAAGCAUCGCCUAGACAGCAAGGGACACGGGACAAUAAAAAAAAAGAUAGAAAAAAGAAAACUACUGGAAGCAAUGAAGACAGCGUUGCUGCAGCAGCUGGCACAACAAUAACUGUCAAGGAACACAGAAAUGAUGGUGUUGGUCGGGAAGAAGGCAGCAAAUCUACUGAUGGUGACGGUGAUGGCCAAAUAAAAGAGACAUUGACCAUCUUGGAAGCUGCUUCGGAGCAGCAUGGCUCAGCAGAUGCUGGGACUCCACUUCAAACCAAGCAGCAGGGUGACAGAGACCCAGCAGUCUCUCAGGCCUCAACUGGAGAAUCACAAGCAUCGCCUAGACAGCAAGGGACACGGGACAAUAAAAAAAAAGAUAGAAAAAAGAAAACUACUGGAAGUUUAUUUUAUUCAUUAUUUAGCAAUGAAGAAAGCGUUGCUGCAGCAGCUGGCACAACAAUAACUGACAAGGAACACAGAAAUGAUGGUGUUGGUCAGGAAGAAGGCAGCAAGCUUACCGAUGCUGGUGACAUGAAAAAAGCCCCAACAUCAACAGAGAAAGAAAAAGAUUUAUAUGCCGACAGUUCCAUGACUGAGGACAAAAAUGAAGGAGAUGUGGAACAACCCACCGACGGUAAAAAUUGUGAAAACACUGAAUCAGAGAGGCAGAUAAACUCUCCCAGUUGGGAUUUCUCACAAGAUCCUUCUCAUCAGAAGCCCGAAGCUGCAACUGCGGAAUUCCAAGUUGAGAAUAGUGCAGCUAAUGAUGACAAUUUGUCUUUAGAACUCAAUAAUAAGGAUAUCACUAUCAAAGAUAAAGAAAAACAAAUAGAUUUUGAGCAAAAAAAAAACCAGGAACAAAAUAAUGAAGAUUCACAACCUGGAGAUAUUUCUCAGUCGGCAGGAUUGAGUGCUCAAUCUGCUGGUAAGAAUAUUGACGCAGCUCCUGAGGACCCUGCAGGACAUUCUACUUCUGCAGCUAAGGCAACAAGCAAUGCAGGUGCUUAUAAAGAGAAUAUGCCUGUAAAAGACCUGGAUUCCGAUGCAAAGAAUAAAAUAUCCUCCAAAGACUCUGCAGCACAUACCACAUCUGGAGUUCAGACCAGAAGCCAGUCUUCUGCAGAAAAUAUUGAGAGCCAAGAACAAGGGAAACAGGGAACAAAUACAGGUAAAACUAAAAACAAAGAUUCAAAAAAUCUAAAUCAAGGAUCCAAACAGAAUGAGUUGAGGCCUGAUGUUCUGGCUGAAAAAGACGACCCAGAUGGAGUGGAUGUGGUGUUCUGGGCCGUGCUUGCUAAAGAGUUUAAAUUUGAUUCAGAAAAAUCUGAUGUGUAUGUAAUGAUGCAAGGUCAAACAUUGAGUAAAAUGAUGACAUUCAGGUUGGAGAGUGAAGUUCAUGUUUUGGAAGGUCAUUGUCGCCUUAAGGGUUCUGCAGUAAAGAAGAAUGCAUUGACUUACAAAUAUGUUUGUAAAGUUCGGGAUAAAAAGAAAAUGAAAACUGAGUUCAUCUACAAAGCAACAUCUUCAGAAACUCCAUAUGAGCGAGCCUUACACAUUCCAACAAAUUUUGUAGAAAGUGUUUGGCACCAGUUUGAUGAUGUGAUUUGUGCCCCACCUGCGGCGGGAGCCAAAAGCUUUUGGCAACGUGUAGCCUCAACAACUCGCUAUUUUACUGGCAUUGAUUCGGAUGAAGCAAAAAAAAAGAAAAAAGGCAAAGAGUGGGCUGGCCAACUUAUUUUGGAACACAUCCUUCAUAGCCUGAGAAACAAGGAGAUGAAGAUAAAUAUAGAAUACAUCAUUAUACAGCUAGAGUGUCUAAAAUAUUGCUUUUUAAACACCUUUUUAUUUCAUUGUGGGGCUCAUGAGGUGUGGAAUUUAGACAUAAAUGAAAAACAGGUUCAAGAAAUUCUUAAGAAAUUUGUGGACAACCUUCAGAAGAUGAUGUUUGAUUCUGAAUUCAUGUCUGAAUCAAACAAGUUAGCUUUUGCAGUACUGUGGGUUUGCACUUGCAACAAGUUUAAUUUAAAUUUCCUCGUGAAACCCGCAUCAAUGAUCUGCAAGGCAUUGAUACUGCCAUCAAAUAUAGACGAUGACAUCUGGAAACAAUUUCGACGAAAGAACGAGAUUGUGCUCGCUGCAUUGAAGUGGUUCUGUGAGAAGUGCUUGAUGAUGUAUCAUCCAGUUUCUGAGUGCUUGCUGGCACUGCCUUUGCUGGAGGAGUUGGAGAGGCUGAGUGGUGGUCCAGAAAGCCAUGUGGCUGCAUCCACUAAACAAGCAGUGGGCACGACUGUACAACAGUUUCAGACAAAAGCUUUGGAAAACGAAAACAUUCAAAAAAGUGUGGUUCAAAUGCUGCGUAGUCACCAACGACUACUUGAGGGCAACCCACGUCUGUCCCAUCUGCUGCUCAAGAUGCUGACAAUGAGCAGUUUAGCCAUCUUCACUGAAAUGGAUGUGAGCUGGACACCAGAGGACAUGUUUGCAUCGCUGUAUGAUUUUCUACACAGAUAUGGAAUUGCAUGUUUUACUCAACAUCCUCAAAGACGAGGAUUUUUGCAGGUCUGUGAUGCAAUAUGCAAGAAGCUUCAUUUUGACAGUUUACAAAGUGGUGGAUCAAAGCCUCAAGCGUCAGAUUCCACAGGUGUACGUGAAAGCAACAACCAGACCUUGCUUCCAGAAACCUUGCUGGUCUCGAUUAAACAAUGCCUUUCUCUUCUGGGAUUUUGUAAACAAUUUGCUGUUGACCAAGACUGGUUGUAUGAUGUUGUAUUUGCCUGCCUUAAAAUCCUUGAAGUUUACUUGCAUUUACUACAUAAACACACCGAAAAUCAGGAAAUGAAUAGUCCAAUGACUGAAAGUCGUCUGGAAGGCUCAAAGUGCAUACUUGAUGCAAACGCCAUCAUCUUGCAUUGGCUUGAACCCUUAUUGCCCACCUACAUUUUCAAACCAAGUAUGUGUCAUUCUGAAGUAAUCUUCUUUGUUAAUCAACAUGAACCAAAGAUCUGGCAUGAUGUUUUUUCAAUUAAAUUUGAGGCUGAAGACUUUAACAAAAUAUGGAAUACACAGACCAUGACUUUUCUCAAGAACAGAAUUCAGCAGGCAGACAGGAAGCAACAAAUCAAGGCCUACUGCAGCAAUGCAGAAUAUCUAAAAACAUUGAGCCCUUCCCUGGAAAACUGCUUUGCAGAAUGCGCUAUCCAAGCAGUUCAUUACGUGUGUGAGGCAAAGGAAGAGGAGGAAAUUCUCAGAUAUGUACAGACACAUGCAGCAAGGCUCGGUGGGCUCCUGUCCAGCAUUUUGGAGAAUUCUUGGCCUAAACAUGAAGAAACAUCCAAUGAGGACAUCGUCAAACACCUCCUGACAUGGCAAGCUUCGGCUACAUUCCUGCAGAUCUGGGGAAGCAACACGAAGCUACAUGAAACAAUGACUGACCAAGCUCAAAUCCACAUUGGCAUAGCUCAGUCUGUACUUGACACACUAAUUCAUGAGCUCAUUGAUGGGUCUGUCGUGUAUAAGAUCCUUCAUCUGGCCAUCAAGCACAAGGAAAAACUUUUGGAAUGCUUCAAUGCUAUCAAUAACAACGAUUCCAAGACAACAAAGGUCACACGGACAGACCUUGAGAUGGUGUUGGGCUGGCGGCAAAGUGAGAUUGACGAAUUUAAAUUUCAGAGAAUCCUCGUCAAUGAGCUGCUCUCAAGAUGUGAGCUUGUCAAGAACAAUAUGAAUGAUGACUAUAAAAAUCUACAAAAUAAUUAUGAAGAGAGUCUAAAAGCUGAUUCAAAACCUAUCAAAACCCUCUGGCUUGCCAGAGUAUUGGGCAAAGAAGAGAUGCUGGGUCAACCAUUACUUUUUCUCGAAACGGAACAACAGGAAAUGGCCAAACAACUUCUCAAACUGAAGGGAUCUUUUCUUUUUUCUGAAUCGUGGAAGAACCGGAUGAGACACAUGACAGACUCCAGGAAGCUUUACAGUUUGUCAGCCUUUUCUCUGGCCCAUGUGUUUGAAGAAAUAUGGAAACCAUCUUAUAGCAGCCUUGAGACGCUCUACAAUGAUGUAAAACAUGGCACAAUCAGCCUUGGUGAAGUUCACAAAAAAUUCAGAAACAACAGUGAAGAAUGCUUAAAGAAAGAGUUUUAUAUUAUUGCCCCUGCAUUGGACAGGCCUGACUGUUCAAAUAAAGAUAUGGCUGUCUGGAUAGAAGAGAGACUUACCCAGAUACGCCACUACAGGCAAAUCAGCGAGGCUGCAAGAUCAGCAAAAGCUGUCUCAGAAAUAGUGGACUGCCUUGGACUGACGGGAGAUUUCCGGCUUCUCAGAGAGUUGUCACAUCACGAUCAGGAAACAUUCAGAAAAAAUCCUCUCAAUUCCAUAAAUGAAGAUCUUGUUAAAACGAAAGACAUUCUAAAAGGACUCAAUAAUAAUUUACAGCAAAGUUCGGAUGCUUUCUGCAAAUGCAGUGAAAAACUAUUUAUCACAUGGAUUAAAGAGACUGUAAAGAAUGUUAAGGAAUUGAAAGUCUUUGUUGACUUGGCUUCCAUUUCGGCUGGUGAAAAUGACAUGGACAUUGACAAGGUGAAGAUCUUCCACGAUGCCGUGCUGGGUUAUGCACCCUUGCUGUACGAACUUGAGGCAGAUGUGGGCAUUGAUGAGCUCCUGCAGGCCCUCCAGCAGCUGCAGGCCACAAUGGAUACCGAUUGCAAUAUUCCCCGAAAGCUGAUUGAUUCUUGUGCAAAUAAAGAGUGGCUGCAAGCUGUCCAUGAGGCCCAUGGUUCAGUGGAGAGGUCAUCCUUUGUGCAGGCGAAAACCAUCAACCAGAAGGGCAUCUUUCACAUUGAACACUGUUCUGAGCAGGGGAAGCUUACACUGAAGUCCAUAGUCAGGCUGAAAUGUGUCCAGGACAACGAAUGCAACCAUGAUGGGACAGGCAGUGAUAGGGAACAGGAUGAGGUGAUGAGGACGUACAGCCUCGAGAAUUUGGAGGAACUUCAGAACAAGCUGAUGCUCAUUGCUGGCAAGGCAGAGCAAGGCAAGGAGGAGGUGGACCGCUUCCUCGAGUUGUUUGAUGGCGUUACUCGUCUGGGCAAGGCAUACAUUCAACUGUACAAUGCUGGAAAUGUGUUGUUUAGAGGUUGGAACGCCCUGGUAUAUUGCGAUCCAAAUCGGAAAGUUAGUGUGGACGUGGACUUCCCAGCACUGGGUCUAAAUGUGCAAGGAUUCCGUCCGGUGAUUGGUGAGCUGAAGGACCUAUGUAGGGGCAUGGAGGGCUGUCUGGAUCAGUGGCAGCAGUAUACAAACCAGAAGAGGACAGAGUUCAGCCACCUAAACUGGUACACUUCAGAGCAACUGGUUUCACUGUGCUCCAAGCUUGCUGAUUUACUCAAGACACAGCAGUCGGACCCACAAAGUCUCACCAUGCUCUCCUUCAUCAAGUCAGAGUGCACGGGUGACCAUGUAACUCUUGCAUUAAAGAGAGCGAUUGAUUUAAUCCGCAAGAAAGAAAGUGAACAAACAGAGAAAACUCUCACCCAGCCACCAUCAGAAGAAGUCAUUGAGGAAAACACCCGAAAGGAGGAAGACAUGAAGGAUAAAGCUGAACAGAUUAAACAGUUAUUGAAGAAUCUCACAGAGCAAGGGAUACCUGAGAAACAUGCAAAAGCAGCGAUCCAGCACUGUGGAGCAGUAGAUGAGACUGUCCUGCUUGGUUUCGUAUUUGCCAAUUCGAUGGAUGAUAAUUCUACUGUCAACACACUCUGUCAGGAAUUUGAUGAUACUUGGCAUAAUCCACAGCUGCAUCACACAUCACUAAACGAUGUUCCCCACCCAUCAUUUUAUGAUGUGGAUGUGAAGUUCUCAACAUUGAAGCGCAAAACCCAAGAGGAGUUUGAGCAAAUGCUUGACUGGAAAUCUGUGGGAUGUGAGCAGAAAGUAAAACUUAUUUGGAAUAUCUAUGAAAAAAACCUGUCUAACUUGAUAUGUGAAGAGUAUUUGAGUUUAGAUAUUUUAGGGACAGCACUUGACUUUCUCAUGGAAAUGGAAACAACGAGGAUCCAAAGGGAAAUUCCACAAGGAUUCCUGAUAGGAAAACCAAACCUCAUUGUUUGCCCAGAAGCUGAGAUAUACACUCACAUUCUUCACUUCUACAUUCUUUCCAAGAAUCAGCCACUUCCAAGUUAUGAUGAAGUCCUAAUCUGCUCACCAGAAACAAUGGCGGAGGAAUGCGAGAUAUUCUUGAGGAGAGUAAUGGCAAAGGACGUACACAAGAGCAAGAUAUAUUGCCUCGCAAACGCAGACCAGCUCACCUAUGCGGUUGCUGCCAAGUUCCUGGCGUGCUUCAAUAGUUUGGAAAACACGGCCGACUACAAGUUGGCUAUAUUUUGUAGCUCUGAGCGAGAACACAGCCACCUUCCCACAACAUUUGACAGCUUCAGGAUCAGCACCACUCUGUCAUUCACAGACAGCGAUUUCAAAGCUUAUCUUAAGUCUCAUUGUAUUGUUCCACAAGGAACGGCUAGUGUUUUUCCAGAUAGGCGCAACAUCAGCCUGGUGUCAUCCAAGCGUGCUGGAGUAGGGAAGUCAUUAUUUGUGCAAAAAUUGGUAAAACAUUCUGAGGACUUGCUAAACAACCCAAACAUGGAUUAUGUAACUGUACGACUCAUGGACUCCAAGAUUGAUGAGACAUUUCUUGUGGAGACAUUUUUGACACGCCAGGACAAUCCGUCAGACUGUACUCCCCGUGUUUUCCACGUCGAUGUCACACCAGGGGUGAAGAAGGGAUUUGACACGCUGUUAAUGCGUCUCUUCGUUUUGGGACAUCUGCAAUCUAUGGAUGGCCGAGUGUGGAGAUGCAAGAAGUCUGAUGUCUACGUUGUAGAGUACCUGGACUGGCAUCCAACCAAAGAAUUGGUAGACCAGAGGAAGCAGAGAGGCCCUAUCCUACUGACCCACGUCUUGCCAACUGUGACCUGCAUCUCUCCCCUGGAGGUGCUGCAGCUAUACAGAGAAAAAACUCCAGAGAGGUUUGAUCUUCCGUUGAUGGACAAAGAUUUGUUUGAACACGAGGUUUACCAACGGCCGUUGCAAUACCUCAGGAGAUUUACAGACGGAGCAAAUCUUGACGCUUUUCAAUUUAAUUUGGGGAGAGUGGAAGAAACCCCCAUGCAAUGUCUUGAAAUUCUGCUGCACUACUGUGGUGUGUCAGACCCAUCAUGGGCUGAGCUUCAAAACUUUGCCCGCUUUCUAAACGUGCAGUUGCAAGACAGCGAGACGUCUGUGUACUGCAAUGCAAACAUCGUAGGAGACACCCUAGUUGGCUUCAAACAUUUCAUUGUGAAAUUUAUGACAAUCAUGGCGAAAGACUUUGCCACACCAUCUUUGGAACUGUCAGAUGAAAGUGCUCGGUUACAUAAUAACCGCAUGGAGGAUGUGUUAGAAACACUCGAAACGUACAGCAUCCGGAAACGAUGGGAAAGCCAACCCCAUCCUUACGUCUUUUUCAAUGCUGAUCAUACAUCCAUGACGUUCUUAGGUUUUCACAUCAAUGCAACAUGUGAUGCUGUGGACCCAAGUACAUCUAAUGUGUUGCUGAAAGCUGUUAUGACUAAACAGCUUCAUGUUGGCCUCAAACUCCAAAGAGUGCCAUUCAACAUUAAUUUUGACAAUUUGCCCAGACUGGAGAAGCUAGUAAGGCUCUGCCGGGUAUUUGGAAUUGAAUAUCCAGAGGACCCUGAUGAAAACUAUGAGUUGACUACCGACAACGUCAUGAAGAUGUUAGCCAUUCACAUGCGGUUCCGAAGUGGGAUCCCCGUGAUCAUCAUGGGGGAGACUGGUUGUGGAAAAACAAAGCUCAUCCGCUACAUGUGUGACCUGCAGAAGUCGGGCCGAGAAGCUGAGAAUAUGAUAUUGGUGAAAGUGCACGGUGGUGUGACACCCCACUUCAUCUAUAAAAAGAUACAGGAUGCUGAAGAGCUUGCCAUACAGAAUGAAGAAUUAGACAUGGACACUGUCCUCUUUUUUGACGAAGCCAAUACCACAGAGGCCAUUUACGCAAUCAAGGAGGCUUUGUGCGAUUCGACAGUGGAAGGCCGGGCCAUACGCACGCAGAGACUCAAGAUCAUUGCCGCGUGUAACCCUUACAGGAAGCACACAGAUCAAAUGAUAGAUCGACUGGAGGCUGCUGGGCUCGGUUACAGAAUACGAGCAGAGGAUACGGAGGAGAGGAUGGGGAAAAUACCCUUGCGGCAGUUGGUGUACCGGGUGCAGCCCCUGCCCCCCAGCAUGCUGCCCUUUGUCUGGGAUUUUGGCCAAUUGAGCAACCUGGCUGAGCAGCUGUACAUAAAGCAGAUUGUACAGAGACACUCGCGCACAGGAAAUAUCCCCACAGAGAGCACUCAGCGGAUCUCUGCUGUCCUCUCCGCCUCCCAGGAGUACUUGAGGACUUGUGCCGACGAGUGCAGCUUUGUGAGCCUCCGUGAUGUGGAGCGCUGCUUGAAGGUGCUGGCUUGGUUCUACGAGCAACGAGACACGCUCUUCCAGCAAAUGGAACAAAUAAAAAGUGCUAAGGGUGAAGAAUUUGUAGAAGAGAGAGUGGAAUCAGAGGAUGAAGAGGUUGAAGAGGAGGAUCAGGCUGAAAUUGAGUUGGAAGAAGAACAGGAGGAGGAUGAAGAAGAAGAGGAGGAGGAAGAAGAGGAGGAGGAGAAAGAGGAGGAGGAAGCUGAUGCUGACUGUCGUGUUGAUGAUGUCACCAGGGCACUCAUCCUCGCGCUUGGUGUCUGUUACCACGCAAGUUUGGAAAAACGUCAAAAAUACAGGAAAGCAAUUGCACCGUUUUUCAAUUGCUCUGCCAAAGAAAUCUUGAAUGAGAUCAUACUUUGCCAGGAUGUAUUUUUGAAAAGUAUUGAUUUGGAGUCAACAAUAGCAAAGAAUGCAGCUCUAAAGGAAAAUGUGUUCAUGAUGGUUGUGUGCGUGGAGCAAAGAAUUCCCCUCUUUCUUGUUGGCAAGCCUGGAAGCUCCAAGUCCCUCGCAAAAACUAUUGUUGCGGAUGCCAUGCAAGGAAAGUCUGCACGCAGUGACCUCUUCAGAGGAUACAAGCAGCUGCAUUUGGUUUCCUUUCAGUGUAGCCCCCACUCCUCAUCAGAAGGUAUCAUAUCCACAUUCAGGCAGUCUGCACACUUCCAACAGAACCAAAAUUUCCAAGAGUAUGUGUCGGUGGUCGUGCUGGAUGAGGUGGGCCUGGCUGAGGACUCGCCACAGAUGCCUCUCAAGGCUCUCCAUCCGCUGCUCGAAGACGGUUGUGUCGAUGAAGAGAAACCAGAGCAGUAUAAAAAGGUCGGCUUCAUUGGCAUCUCCAACUGGGCUCUGGAUCCAGCGAAGAUGAACAGGGGGAUCCUCGUGUUCCGUGGUGUCCCCGAUGAGAAAGAGCUCAUUAAAAGUGCCCGGGGAAUUUGCUCAUCUGAUCCAGUCAUCUCUGAUAUAAUAGAAAUUCUCUUUUCAGGAUUGGCCAAAGCUUACCUGAGUAUUUGCAAGGCACAGGAAAAAGAGUUUUUUGGACUGAGAGACUAUUACAGCCUUGUGAAGAUGCUUUUUGCGUUUUCCAAAGAAUCAAAUGAAUUUCCAUCUCCAGAAGAGUUGCUUGAAGCAAUACUCCGUAACUUUGGAGGGCACGCAGAUAUGGAUGCAAUUUGGUUCUUCAAAGAUCAUUUAGCUGAGGUGGCGUUCGAAUAUGAUACAGCAUGCAUCAGCUCAUUAAAAUUUAUAAAAGAAAAUAUUAAAAAGGGUGAUGAAUGUAAAGAGUCAAGAUAUUUGCUUCUUCUCACAAGCAACAGUGCAGCUCUGAAUAUUCUCAACACAAUUGGGAAUCUAGACAUGGAAGACACCAUUUACAUCUACGGUUCUAGCUUCCCGAAAGAUCAGGAGUACACCCAAGUAUGUCGCAACAUUAACAAAAUCAAAGUUUGCAUGGAGACAGGCAAGACCGUCAUCCUCCUUAAUAUUCAGAACCUGUAUGAGAGCCUUUAUGAUGCUUUGAAUCAGUACUACGUGUACCUCGGGGGAAACCGAUAUGUUGACCUUGGCUUGGGGUCACACAGGGUGAAGUGCAGGGUGCAGAAAAAAUUCCGACUGAUUGUCAUCGAGGAAAAGGCCGUUGUUUAUGAGAAAUUUCCAGUUCCUUUGAUAAACCGUCUGGAGAAACACUGUCUGGAGAUGAACACAAUCCUGGAACCUGAGCAGAGAGCUCUCACCAAGCAGUUGCAGGAUUGGGCAAGAGACUUCGCCUCUGGCUCGCAGCAGAAUUUCAGUGCUGCUGAUGUGUUCAUCGGGUACCACGAAGAUGCAUGUGCCUCAAUUGUAGUGCAACAAUGCGAACGUCUUCGCAGUGACAUGGAUGAAAGCGAAUUCCUAUCGCAUGCCAAAGAGGUGCUUUUACAGUGCGCCACACCUGAUGCGGUCCUGAGACAUACAUCAGGAGCGGCCGGAGGAGCAAGGAAGGUCAUUGAUUUGUACUUUGAGAAACAGAAACACCGCAGCCUGCUGGAGCUGCUUCGCUACUGCCUACAAGAUGUGCACAUAGCCUCCAAUGGAAUCCAUCUGGAGAUUUCUACUCACUCAAAGCUGCUGAGCCAAUUGGAUGCUGACAAUAUAGGAAACGACCUUAAGUUUGAAAAGGAAACUGUUUGCUUGCUAACUCUCCAGCAAUUUGAAACCGAGCAAGAAUUUUGUCAAGAGCUCAGUAAUUUCUUCAAAAAAAAGGGACGGAAGUUGCUCCUGCUGCAGUACAUCUUUGAUGACCCUCAUAUCAGCCCCAGGCUCAUCUCCUGUGCCAAGUACUGCAUCUUGAAUCAGAAAUUGGAGGACAGUGUUGAGAGGAGCGAGCUCUUUGUGGCGUUCAUCACUAAAGUGCCACGAGUUCGUAAAGGCUGUGGAUACAUCGGCUUUAAUGGAGGCGCGUGGUGGUCCAUGCAUCUGGAUGAGCUGGUGCCACCAGGCUCAUUCCUCGUGGACAUCAAGUCCCUAUACAGCUCCUCCAUCAGCAGCCUCCUCGUCUCCCCUGUGUUGAGCCAAGAGGAUGGGCCAGUAGGCCUGGAUGCAAGACACCUGCUCUCCCUAUGCCUGCAGCCUGCGGCCGCCAUGCUCGAGGACAGGGCAGACAAUGUCCAGCGCACCAUGGAGAGGAUUCCUAUCCUCCUCCGUCUGUUCGGAACCCAUAGUGGUGAACAGAGUGAAAAGGACCCUUCUGGUCCUGUUUCUGGUGAAGCGGAGUUUGUGACUGCGCUCCAAACGAGGGUGGCUGGGCUCCUGAAGGAGCAGGAGAUGCUAGUGAUGUACAGAAAUGAGAGCUGGACUUUACGCCAGGCCUCCUCACUAGAGUCCAUUCUUCACAACGGAACAUUCAGACAAGCGCUAUGGCAGCAUCUGCAGAAGGUUGUGUCUUCCGCUCUGGCCAGUGUUCUGGCUGCUGUGGACCAGGACAACAACUUGGACCUUCUAGUUGAGUCCAAGCAGUCACCUCACAUCAUUGAAUUAUGGCUGCAGAUCCUAAGCAAUGAGAAUAUCCUCCCAUUCCAGUCCAUUGCAAGGGAAGCGAACGUGCAGAUUCCCGUUCCUUGUUCAACGGACGCAGCACUGCCAAGACACUCAGAGCUCCCAUUCAGCUGGUUGUUCUAUGAGUCAAUCCAAACUCUGUGGAUCAAGAUCCAGGACCACCAAGAUACGCUGGGCUCCUGCCCAGAGAAGAUGCUGCAGAGGCAGUUUGACUCGACUCCGCUCGGCCAGCUGCUUGCCUCUCUGCCUGGAGACUGCUCAGAGGAUCUCCUCACUCGCUACAGCAAUGAUUUUGUGUGCAUGGCCUUCCAGCCACGUAGACAAGAGGAACUCAAGCUGCUGAGCUCGGCUCUCGUUCGUGCCAUCCACUGGGUUCACCACGAAGAGGAGCAGCGGUCGUCUGUACCACCCGUGGUUUGGCUGCAUGUGGUGGCUACGCGCGCGCGCACCCGCCUCGACUGCUUCUGCCAGCUGGCCCGGACCCUUCCGGAUAUCCUGACUCAGCUAUGCCGGAACACGGACCCAACGGCGACACUCCCGCAUCAGGAAAUGGUUCUGGAUUUAGAUGCAGUACAGGCGUGCCUGGAGCUCCUCCAGCCAUGCCAAGAAAAACUACAGCAGCGUGAACAACUGUGGCAAUGGAGCCAGCAGGUAACGUCCUUAAAGCCGAUGAUCAACUCCUGCAUUGCUGCCCUGGCCAACUCACCGAGGAGCACUGAGGCCAUCACAGCGAGCCUACAGAAGAUGCGGAGCCAAUGGAGACGCUUGCUGGUGAUUCACAUGUAUAUGGAUCGUUUGAGUGACGUCACCGAUCCAAAAAUCUUCGGCGUGAUAGUCAAUCAUUUAUUUCUUAUUUGGAAGAUUUUGCAAGUUGAUUCUGACCUCUCGAAACAAAUGCCAAUGCAAUGCAUCAUUAACUUGUUGAAAAAUUGCAACAAUCAAUCCAGCACCCUUUACUUCAAGGGUGGAGUCAAGGAAUGCCGGCUGUGCCGAGAGGAGAUCACGGAUCCUGCAGCACUGCCCUGUGAUCACGUGUUUUGCAUGAAAUGCCUGGUCAUGAAGUUGCGAAUGCGCAAUACUUGCCCUACAUGCCAACAGGAGACGUCACAAGACCAGAUUGUCCGCACUGAGCAUGUCAGGUGCAUCGUCGAGCAGCACAAUGGAUUCAGGAAGCGACUGACUGCAUUCUUCGUGGACAUUGUGGCCCAAUUCUGCUUUGGCUCUGGAGACCCUCCAUCUCAAGAAGUCAUUCAAAUGCUGCUUGAUCUAUUGUUCAGAGAUCCCAGCGAAGGACAAGAUAUUGGAAAAAGCAAGACGCGGGGAUUGUCCCCAUUUGAGGAAUGUAUGGACCCCAACCCAGUGAUCCGUUCCCUUCUACUGAAGCUCCUUCUAGGCUACAGAUUUGAAGAUGUAAGGCAGUACUUGGACACCUACUUGCACAAAAUGGGUGAAGCUACCAGCUUGGAGCAGGGAGACCAGGAGGAGCUGUGUUACAUGGUCAUCCGCUGUAUUGAGGAUUCCCUGCAUUCGGAAGGGCUUGACGAGGACAUGAGCAGAGCUUUCGACCGUCUCUCCAAUCUGCAACUACCUCUGCAGGACAGGGCCGAACAGGAUCGCUCCAUCGCAACCCUCAUCUCUAUCGGCCACAUUCGCUUUUGCCUCAAUGUAGCAACUGCAGUGCUCUACCAAGAAUACAGCGGAGAGAAUGAGAAACGAGCCGAUGGGGAGACAGAGGGUGUGCCCCAGGGAUUGUCCCUGGUUGGGCAGAGGAGCGAGUUCCUUUCCCGUCUCUCCGAGGAGCUGAGGCUGGAAUGCAGCCCCCUGCUGCAGAACUUUCUCAUCCGCAGCGUGUUCCAUCGCUAUGGCUACGCCUUCCUCCUGAACCUGCUGAGUGAGCCACAGCUUGGCUGGGCCUUCCCAGCCUGCGUGCUGCGCUCCCGCGAAGAAGCCAAGAUGUUGCCAGAUCGCUUCCUGGUGCAUGGUGCCCAGUACUGUGAUUUGAGGGAUGCCUUUGCUGCAGUGGCCAUGUCAGAAGACAGCGGAGAGCUCCACAAGUGUUUGAAGGAUUCUGGGCAGACGGCCUCCCUCCCCCUGGCAGUGUUCAAAGAGGUGGUGCUGCCCUCCAUGAAGCCUCACACACAGCCCACACAGCAGACCUUGAAAACGAUUGUGAGUGCACUCAAAGGUGUUGCAUCUCGGAAAAACUCAUCAUCCCUGAGCCUUUGUCACAUCUUAUUGGGGAUGGUGGAGGUGCAAAGAGAUGAGAAUGAAGCAGACCCCACUGCAAUUCUUAAAAAGCUGGGAAUGUUUGAGAAUCAGGAAGCAACAACAGAAAUAGACUGGAGCUUUCAGUCAGCGAUGUUGAAGCUGGUUGUCCAUCUGGCUGCUGUCCUGCUCUGCUCCAAGCCAAGCCCACUGCUGGGACCACUCCAUAACCUCGCUACAAAUACGGCCAGCAUGGCAACUGCAUUCCUGCCCACGAUGCCAGAUGAUUUGAAGGCUGAUUCCUUCACCUGGGAAGGAAUGCAGCAAGGGUGGCGUUAUGAAUGUCCAAAUGGUCAUGUAUACGUCAUUGAAAAUUGUGGCCGGCCUGAUUUUGUGGGCACGUGCAAUGAGUGUAACGCUGAUAUUGGAGGUUUAGCACAUAAGCUCCUUGAGGGAUCCAAGAGGAUUGAGAGCGCGGUGGAUCAGACGCAGACUGGACAUGUUCUAGGAGAUCCUGAUCCCCGCAGCUCACUGAUCCCAGAGAGAAAUCUGCCACCAACUGCUCAGUGCCUCAUGCGUGCCCUCACCCACUCCGCCAUGCUGUGGGGCUACACCCAGGACCCACAGGUACUGAAGCAGCUUAUUAAACCGGCUGUGGCUGUGGAGGAUAUUCCCGCGUUCCUGUUGGGCCACCUGCAGGUUGACCUGACUCAGCUGGGUCUUGCCUUGGGCCGGAAUUGGGACGAUGCCCUCACGACAGCACACCUCCUGCUCACCUCCACAAGCCAGAAACCCGGGCAAUGGUGCAAGUGGAACCAGAAUCUCAACUCCCAAAAGAGCAGGACUGAGUGGGAGACUCACUUUGUAGACGAGUGCAUUAAGCCAUUCCUCGAGGGCUUGGAUGGAAAGCUCCAAGAUGUGAAUAAGCGCAUGAGUAGAGACCACCAGAUGCGCGGCAAUGUCCUGGUGAGGCUCAUCUAUGCGGGCAGUGACGUAAUGAAUGAGAGUGAAGCGGCAGAGCUUCCGUGUAAUGAAGGGGAGCUCAUGGAGACCGGUGAAGAGGCACUCGACCACACAGGUGCAGAAGAGGAAGAAGAAGGGGAACUCGCAGAAAACCAGGAUCCAAGUGAAGAAGAAGAAAACACAGACUCAGAGGAAGAUGAGGAGUGUGAUGGAGUGCAAGUGGUUGGGCACACAGCCCGACAGACAGACACGGCUGUGGAUGAAGGGAAUGGCGAACACCAGGACACGGAGCAGGAGGAGGCAAUGGAGAGAGCAAGUGCUCCGAGUGCUGUGCCUCUACCGAGCAGCCCCGUGCUGUGGCGCUAUGAGGCCCGACUCACACCCGGGCGUCUGGCCCACCUGCUAGAGAAGGAGGGAGGCCGAGAGGCUCACCCUGUGCUGUGGCAUGUGUUGAUGCAGGAGCAGAAGCUCAAGUUGUUGCGAUUCCUCCCUGAGCUGCUGCAGCUGCAGCAGAAGCUCAUCUCUUACUUCCGACACCGACCCAGUCUCAACUACACCACACUUUCUGUCGUCAGCUUCCUCGAAAGAUUCAACGAUGAACGGGAGCGGCAGGCGUUGAGUGCACAGAUCGACACGUUUUGGAGAUUAUGGAACUCGGUUCAGCUUCUCAUGAAGGAAUCUGGAUCCAUUUUGCCCGAGGCACUGGCUACCGCAAUCGCCGGUGCUGCUGCCCCCAUGAGCCUCCUGCUUCCCCAGGAACACGGCCUAGGGUUGUGUGCCCGCACAGUCAGCAGGAUACUCAUCGGGCUGCACAAUGACCUUGUGGAGAUGGUGCAGCGCUUCUCCGGCCACCGAGUGAGGUGCGUGGGGCCAGCAGAGGUGACGGCGGUGGACGCUCUGAGCGUGGACGUCGAGCGGGACGUGCUGCCCCUGGCUCUGUCCACUUGCGAGUACUGGCUGGAAGGGGGGCGCCCCACAGUGUGCGACUACGCGUUCCCUCUGCUGGAGCGACGCCUGGUGGACCGAUUCCUCCUGGGGAAACCACGCAUAAAGGAUAUCCCUUCUUUUUCUGACAAACAAAAUUACAACAUCUUGACGGUGUUGAUAACCCUACAGAAGAAGAUCGCACAGGAGCCACUGUCGGUCGCCACCCAGCGCCGCGUGAUGGACAUGCUGCGGGUGGUGAGCGAUGUCUCCGAAGUCAUCUUCACGCUCACGGUCGCCGUGGAGUUCCUGGCGGCCGUAGGAGGCGAUGGAGAGCAACCCCUGGCGGAUUACGUGGUGUCUGCGCUGCACAUGGACUACGCCGGAGGGAAUGCCGGCACGCAGGUUCUACAGUUAUGUCGCAUCAAGCAGAGCAUUUCCCUUUGGAAGCUGCUCACUGCCUGGAGAGCAGAGCUUCUGCUAGAGCUGAAACAGGAGCCAGUGCUGCUCAUGCUCGACAGGUUCCAGAAAGAUCUGAACGACGAGCAGCAAGAGGCGCUGGAGCAGAGGCUCUCGGGCGGCCGCCUGGACGGGCUCAUCCUGGAGCUGCACGCGUUCGUGCUGCUGGAGCUGCGGCCCAAGCAGCACAGCAACAUCUACAAUCACACAUGGAGCCUCGCGGACACGCUCAGGGCACACCUGGAGAGGCAGGGCGAGCGGGAUGAGGUGGUGGGCAGCGUGUGUCGCCCGCUGCCUGACGAUGUCACACUGGGCCAGGUGCUUGCAGUGUGGAAGGCGGCGGUGGAGUGCCGCCGUCGCACCACACAGCACAGGCUGGUCUGAGUGACUUGGCCAUACACUGGACUGUUCCAGUUGGGAUCCUUACCCUGAACACCAUCAGCUAACAGCCCCUCCCAACAGCACUUGCUUUGCCACGCCCUCUCGAUCACGAGCUCCACCCACACUGAGUGGCCAUCUAGCUCUUCCGUUAUCCCUGCCCACUCCUCCAACCCUGCUCAUUUCUCAGGUAGCGCUGCCCUUGUAUUAUGAGUCAAGGAUGAAUACUUAUGUUAAACUGAGAUAAAAUCCUGACUUUAACUAAAGCUUUGGGGAAAAGGGAAAAAAACAGCCUUUAUAAUAAUGGGCCAAACCAGGAUGAUGUCUAUUUCACGACAUUCUGUCCAUCAGAGUGUUAUGUUAUGAGCUUCGCAGACCCUGCAACACGCAACUAUACCCACCUAACCACGGCAAGGUAUAGACCACCCACCAUAUACCACAACCAUGUAACUAUCGCCAUCCACCACGUGUAUAUAUCAUUAAAAUAUUGAUAGUUUACUUUUAGUAUUGUUGCAAUGACAUCCCUGAAAGAGGGUUCUUAUUACUGAGUAAACACAUGUAACCAUAAUAAUUCCAUAGUUUAAGGUCAAGGGAGCAAAGUGAAUGAAUGUUGACAUCCAGUUUACAUUGUGCCUUUUACAAUUUCCACUGGGAUUCAAGUGUUUACAAACUACGAAGCUAAUGUCUUACACGGUGUAUUUCACCAUACUGUAAUAAUGUUAAACCAUAAUUAAGGUGUUUUGGUAAGAUCGCGUAAGUAUGUGUCGUAACUAUCCACCACCCACCACAGCCAGUAAGGUUUUAAAUGUUGUGGAUUUACUCUCCACGCACCAGUAAUUGGCACGCUUUGUUUAUGUGACAAACCUUAUUGGCUGUGUCGGGUGGUGGAGAGUUACAACACAUUUAUACUUAUGCUUACGCGAUCUAACCAAAAAACCUUUAUUAUGAAUAUUGGUCAGGAAAGUCUACAUGUUAAAUUUUUAUGGCACUUGGGCCAGACAAAUUCAUUGCAUAGUCUCCAUAUAAAUGACUGCCAUUGCUAGUUUUGAUUGCUUAUUUGUCUCCAAUCCAUACUUUUAAUAUUGCUAUAGGUAAAUGUAUAAGUCGGGCGAAUGUAUAACAAUCCCCAGGAGCUGUUGAUUUUUUAUGUGAUCGAAUAUAUAACCAAAUAAAGUGAAAUAUUAAAAUAUU